AUGAUCCUGACUAGCCUGGGCAUCUCCACAUUUUUCCUACAGUGGACAAAAUUCAUUAACAAUAUCUCCUUUGCAUUAUCUCCAGUGUUGAAUGGACAGUGUGAUAUAUGGAGAAACUUCUAUUUUCUUUGGAUGUAUCUAAAUACUCUCAGCCUCUGGUUUGCUACCUGGCUCAGUGUCUUCUACUGCGUGAAGAUCGCCAACUUCAGCCACCGCUUUCUCUGGCUGAAGCAGAGAAUAUCAAGGCUAAUGCCACAGCUACUCAUGCUCCUUGCUGGUCUCCUUAGUCACCUACACACCAGUAGGAUGGAAAAAAACACAAACAUCUCCAGUGACAUCAUUACUGAGGCUCAUGUCAGUGUAAUUAAAGGUCUGAUUGCUUUCAUUUUCUUCUACAUUUCUUAUUUUGUGGCAAUAGUGCUAUUUUUAUGA